UAAAUUCAAAACAUCGCUUUUCUGAUUUUCUUAAAAUUUAAAAAAAAAGUAAAACAUUUUACGGAUUUUUUAUCCUUUAAUUUUUUUUUUAAAUAUUUAAAUUUUAUAUUUUUGUUUAAAAAUGCAUAUUAUAGAAAAUAAUAUUCAUAUGGAACGUUGGUAUAAUAAAUUGGCAAUAGUAACUGGGGCAGAUCAAAAUAUUGGCUGUAUUAUAGCUGAUGCGCUUGUUAAUAAAGGUUUAAUUGUAAUGGGAUUAGCCGAAAAUAUUGAUAAUGUAUUAAAAAUACGUUCUGAAUUACCAACAACCUUACGCCAUCGUUUGUAUCCAAUACGUUGUGAUAUAACAAAGGAUGAUCAAGUUGAAAAAGCCUUCUCAUAUAUACAAAAUACUUAUGGAUGCAUUGAUAUGUUAAUUAAUUGUGCUGGAAUAUUAUAUGGAAAUAUUUUAAAAAAUAAUGGUAUACUAACAAAUGAAAAUAUAAAAAAGAGUUUAGAUUGUAAUAUUAACGGUAUAAAAAAUUGCACCGAAAGAGCAUAUAUAAAUAUGAAAAAUCGUAUGGCUGACGGACAUAUUAUAUUAAUAGAUAGUUUAUUAGGUAAUAUUAAUACAAAAUUAUUAAGUUAUUCAAAAGAUGUUAUAACGGAAUUAACAGAAACUUAUCGUAAUCAGUUUAUCAAUGAUGGAAUUAAUAAUGUUAAAAUAACUUGUAUUCUUUCUGGACCGAAUGAAACUGGAACUGUAUCUUCAAAUUUAAUACGGCAGACUUUAAAUUAUCCUAUACUAAAAGAAAAUGAAAUUUCAAAUGUUAUAUUAUAUGCUGUAAGUACACCACCAAUGGUGGAAAUUCACGAAAUUAUAUUGAAGACAAUGUAAAUUUGAUAGAAAUUAAGCAAUAAAUUAAAUAUAAUUCACAUAUAAUAAUAUUAUAAAAUAGUUAUUUGAAAAAAUUUGGAAAAAAACUACUAUAAGUCGACAUGAAUUAAAACUAUAUUAAAAAUUAUGCCUUAUAAUUAUUAUCGUAUUAUAUUUUAGAAUUUUAAUUAAGAAUCAUCACAAGAUAUACAUACAUAAAUAUUAUGUAUUUAUUAAA